UACGAUUAUCCCAUCUCUCGAGGCGACACCGAGCAUAAUCUCCAUCGGACCUUACUGCCCUCACAUUGGAUUUCUUUCCCUGCUGUCAUCUAUCAUAGAGUUUGCAGAAAGUUGUGCUGUUGCUGGAAUUUCAGUUUCAAUAAUCCCACGAGCUUGACCUUUUGCUUCCCUUGUCUCGCAGUGGAGCUUCCCUCCCUCGUCCACGCUCGGCCUCCACCCCAGAGAUCGCUUGCUGUGGUGCCAUCGCCCCAGCCUGCCUCAAUUUCUUUUCAACAGUUGCCCUCGUAACGCCAUUCACGGAUUCCCAUCCUUUGCAUCUCUUCGUACCAGCGGGAACUGCUGCGUCGAGCUUACCAUUUGAGCUCCGCGACGCCUCCUCCUCGAUUUUCGACCUCACACCACUCCAUUGUUGAGCUGUGAAUCGUAUCUGCAAGCUUCCGCUGGCUGUGGGGUAAGCUUUUGUCUGCAGGUAUCGCCCAAUUGAACGAACGCCGCGUCCCUUGCUCUGCAACGGAAGAAACACGAGACCAGACCGGCAAAAUGAACGGCGAAACGGAGAAGAAGAGGGAUAUAAAAAACCAUCUGCUCUUUGAAAUUGCAACGGAGGUUGCUAAUCGAGUGGGUGGUAUCUACUCAGUGCUCAAGUCCAAAGCUCCUGUGACAACGGCAGAAUAUGGCGACAGGUACACGCUCAUCGGCCCUCUCAACAAGAACUCGGCCGCAGUUGAAGUUGAAACCCUGGAACCGCCACCGGGCCCCCUUCGAGAAACCAUUUCAUCAAUGCAGGAACGUGGCAUUGAGCUCAUGUAUGGCCGGUGGCUGAUCGAAGGCGCCCCAAGGGUGCUCCUUAUCAAUACUGGAACUGGUUACCGAUGGUUGGAUGAGUGGAAAGGUGACCUAUGGUCCGCAGCUGGGAUCCCUUCUCCUGCCGGGGAUCAUGAAACAAACGAAGCCAUCGUAUUUGGGUAUUUGGUGGCAUGGUUCUUAGGCGAAUUUAUCGCUCGCGAGACCGAUCGCGCAGUCAUCGCCCACUUCCACGAGUGGCUCUCUGGAGUCGCUCUGCCCUUGACCAAGAAGCGUCAGAUGGACCUGACCACCAUCUUCACCACGCAUGCAACCCUCCUCGGUCGAUACCUCUGCGCCGGCUCCGUCGACUUUUACAACAAUCUGCAAUUUUUCGAUGUGGAUGCAGAGGCAGGAAAGCGUGGAAUAUACCACCGUUACUGCAUCGAACGAGCAUCAGCGCACUCUGCCGACGUCUUCACAACUGUUUCCCACAUCACCGCUUUUGAGAGUGAGCACCUGCUGAAGCGGAAACCUGACGGGGUCCUCCCCAACGGUCUGAACGUUAAGAAGUUCUCCGCUGUUCACGAGUUCCAAAACCUUCACUCAGUACAGAAAGAAAAGAUCCACGAGUUCGUACGGGGACACUUCUAUGGCCGCUUGGAUUUUGAUUUGGACAACACGCUCUACUACUUCACUGCUGGCCGAUAUGAAUAUCGAAAUAAGGGUGUGGAUAUGUUCAUUGAGUCGUUGGCCAGACUGAACUAUCGUAUGCAGAGCUCGGGCAGCAAGACAACAAUUGUCGCAUUUUUGAUCAUGCCAGCGCAGACAACAUCCCUGUCGGUGGACUCACUCAAGGGUCAAGCUGUGACAAAGGCUCUGGCCGACACUGUUUCCAACAUCCAGCAUGGUAUUGGUCGGAGGUUGUUCGAAAGGGCUGUCCACUGGAAGGAGGGAGAUCCAAUGCCGGACGACAAGGAGCUCAUCACUCCAGCCGAUCGGGUUAUGCUUAGACGGCGACUCUUUGCCAUGAAACGCCACGGCCUUCCACCCAUUGUCACCCACAACAUGGUUAAUGAUUCUGAGGAUCCAGUCCUCAAUCAACUGCGUCGCGUUCAACUCUUCAACAACACCCACGAUCGUGUCAAGGUCGUCUUCCACCCUGAGUUCUUGAACUCUGCGAACCCAGUUUUGUCCCUGGAUUACGAUGACUUUGUGCGAGGUACUCACCUCGGCGUCUUUGCCUCCUAUUACGAGCCCUGGGGAUAUACGCCUGCGGAAUGUACAGUCAUGGGUGUGCCAUCAAUCACCACUAACCUCUCCGGUUUCGGUUGUUAUAUGGAGGAGCUUAUCGAGAACUCCUCUGACUACGGGAUCUACAUUGUGGAUCGUCGUGCUAAGGGUGUAGAUGAAUCAGUCAAUCAACUGACAGACUACAUGUACGAAUUCGCCAACAAGUCCCGGAGGCAACGGAUCAAUCAACGAAAUCGCACCGAACGACUUAGUGAUCUUCUCGACUGGAAACGUAUGGGCAUGGAAUAUGUCAAGGCUCGACAGCUUGCGUUACGCCGCGCGUAUCCUGCUUCCUUCACGGACGCUGAUGAGUUCGACGACAUCAUUGGUGGUACCGAACAGAAGAUCUCCAGACCACUCUCUGUGCCUGGAUCGCCCCGCGAUCGUACUGGUAUGAUGACACCGGGCGACUUCGCGUCGUUGCAAGAGGGGAAAGAGGGUCUGAGCACGGAAGAUUACAUUGCAUGGAGAUUACCUGAGGAAGAGGAGCCUGAUGACUACCCGUUCCCACUUACGCUGAAGAUGAAGAAGGGCUCGGGGCCCAACUCUCCGGCACCCCUUGUGGGACCUGUAAAUGGCCAGUAACUGACUCAUUCAAGGACACGGAAGACAGAAGAAGGGUUGGAUACCCAGUCUGAUCGAGGAUAGCACGAAAUUUCAAAUCAAGCGGAAGAAGGAGAGUAUCAUCCUUUGGCACAAGGCCUGGAGGAUAGCAAAAAGAAAACAGCAGAGAAGCAGUCGGUAAUUUGAGACCAGGGUCAUUUGCAUUAUUCUGCGGAAAGCGUUCAUGAGAUCGUCGGUCUAAUGGAGUAAUAACCGUCUAUUGUCAUCAUAUACGGUUAUUGCCUACCUCUCUACAACUCUCAUCCAGCACUGGCAUCCUCCAUCUUUCUCAUAGCACCAGUCAAUCAAUCAAUCAGUCAGUCCAUCAGAUCACCGGUCCUUUUAUGCAUCCAUCCAUGAGUCAAGUUAUCCAUCCUGCUGUCCACCCAUCCAGUCAUCCAUUCUACUGUCCCUCUUAUCAUCAUCAAGCCAUCAAUCCUGCUGUCCAUCCGUCCUGCGUCAGAUCAUCCAUACUGCCGUCCAAGCCUCCUGCUAUGCGCUUGUCAGCCCACCAAAUCAUCCGUCUUUUUGUUCAUCCAUCCAUGUCGAUAUCUAGUCAUUCAUCAUUCAAUCCAGCCGUCCACCGUCAAAUCGUCCAUCCUUCAGUCCAUCCAGCAACCAUUCAACCAAUCGCCAACCACUUUAUCAAUCCAGCCAUCAAUCGUCCACCUUUCUAUCCAUCCGUCCAUCAUUGGUUCUUCUAUUUUUCUAUCCAUCAGUCCACCAAUCCAGUGAGCACAGCAUCGGUCCAUCUAUCUAUCGUCCAUCAUCAAAUCAUCUAUCCUUCUAGCUAUACAUCCAGCUAUCCGAGGACUAAUCCCAUCAAACCACCAUCAACCGAGUCGUGGUCCAAGUACCAUGUCCUCCUCAAUAUAUCCUGCGUCUGUACGACGCCUGUGAUCCCUCGAUUCAAGCCACCAAACUUUAAUUCGGCAACAAGCGAGAUCGCUUUAUCCAACUGUAUUGUUGGCACUUUUCUCUGGGCACGGUUCUGACCAACGAAACCUGCCAAGAGCCAUCCAUACCUGUGCACAGUAUCAUCAACUCCACCAACUCGGAAUGUGAGGGUCCCCUGUAGCGGACGAAUCGGUAUUCAGCCUCCUCGGCAGGCCGAACGGAUUUCCCAGAACUUCAAUCGCAUUCUGCAUGGCCGGAAUAGCGGCGGUGCGGAUCGGUGGCGUCGUACUGGGUUCGCUGGGAAAGCCCUGGUAUUGCUGGGCUCCUGGAGACCACCCUCGCGUGCCCGCCGUGGUGGGUGGACUGGUGGCAGCAUCCGCAUGUGGGUUUUCGAGUAGGUCGUAGAUUCCGCUCUUCGGUCGACUGCUGGAUUCGAUACUGGCUAGUCGCUGAAGAUCCUGGUGCAGCGGUCGGACGAUCUGAAGCAAGGAGUUUGCCACACGGUCGACAACACUGCAGCUGGCGAGCAUAUUGAUACAUUCCUGCGAUUUCGAGAGGUAGAUCUGAACCCUAUCUCUCUGGUCGUAUAAGAGGCGCUGAGCAGCCGCGAAAAGGAGGACGCUGCAUGCGCUAAAGGUGUGUCCACUGGCGAGAUGAAGAAACAGUGUCAGCGCUUUCGAGUGCCCGCGGAUAUUCGGCCUUGACAUUGGGCUGGAACUUACACACAGAGCCAACAUCGAGGAAAUUUGUGUUUGGUGUACCCGAGUAUCUCAAGCAGACUGACACACAGUUCGGCGGCCUCGACGCACUCCCUCUGAAUACUCUCGCCUUGGCUUAGCGUUCCAUCUAGCGUCCACCGCCUGUUCAUUCGACAGUUUGCCAUUUCCACCAACAGUCGUCUCUGAAGCAUCAUUUUUGCUCCCAGAAACAUCACGUGGACGAGAAUAAGCGCCCGUCGUUCUGGCUCCGGGAAUCCGUUUCCGUGGCCUGGGACUAGCGCUUCCAGCUUCAUGGAGUCGGGGAGUUUCUCCUGCCACUCACCCAAGAUGCUCGAAUGCUUCUCAACAAUGGAGAAGACCGCCGAAGUCGACUUGUGGACGUCCAGCAGAAUACCCGCCAUCAUCAGGCCGACCGUGCAUAUUUCGGCUUGGAUACGGUUCUCGGUUGUCGGUUGAGCUUCGAUAAUCUCUUGUCUCGUAAACUGCCAUUCACACUCAGCCUGACGAACAUUACCUCACCCAACAACUCACCCACCUCGGCCUCGUCGUUAUUGAGAUCAGGCUGAUAUCCGAGGCUUGAAGCAAGCCAGCUAUCGAGAGGUCAACGUCGGCCUCGCACAGUCACUGGUGGGAUCUUCCUCACCAUUCCAUAAACACAAGCGACCGGUAGACUUUUCGGUAAGCGACCCAAGGCAAGACAUCUUGCUGCUGCAGCCGCGCCCACCGAGCCAGUCUCAAUCCAGACGCUACAACCCAUUUCAGCCCAUUUCAGAACCUCGAACCAUGUCCGGAAUCGACAUACCGAUCAAUAAACGAGCACUCGCGCGCUUCGUGAGAGAAGAAAUAAUGCUGAGACACAGGAUAACUCUCAUGCCUCGCAAGAAUUGUGACUCGAUACAGUCACUCAUAUAAAUUGUGGCGGUUUGAAAUAAGGCUUCCAUGAUCGACCCGUCGAACUUAUCACCAUCAUAAUGGUUUCCAACCGCGGCUACGGCGCAGAGUUCGCACAGGGUCGCGUUGUCGACAGCUUCGUGGGUUCGGUAUACCCGGUUCAAGAUGUCGUCCAUCUCUUGUUUUUCGUAGAUAUAUAAUAAUGUAUAGGUGCAAUUAAAGUAUGCUCUGAU